UGCGCGGUCGCUUUAAGGCAGCGCCGGGGCGGGGACGGGCCGGAGCGGCCGGAGGGCUGGCGGGCCGGGAGCCGCCUGUACGGCUGCAGUGGGGCCGGACGGGCGCAGUGCUGCCUCCUGGGUCGCGCCAGCAUGGAGGCGGCGGCCUGAGGGCCGGAGCCGAGCCGGGGCUAGAGCGCGCGUUGAUCUGAGCUGCUCACAAAGUGACAAAUUUCGGGCUGGUUCCCAAGUUUGAGUGAUCACCUGCAACCAGGGAGGACUACCAGACUAUGAUGAAGCGAGCUAGCUCCUGGGGUGACUGGUCCUCACGUCAGUCAGAUUUGCAUAUUGACCAACCUGCUGGAUCAAGUGUGACCUAUCAGAAACAUGGCAACCAGCGCCGUCCCCAGUGACAACCUCCCCACUUACAAGCUGGUGGUGGUGGGAGAUGGGGGUGUGGGCAAGAGCGCCCUCACCAUCCAGUUUUUCCAGAAGAUCUUUGUGCCUGACUAUGACCCCACCAUUGAAGACUCCUACCUGAAACAUACGGAGAUUGACAAUCAAUGGGCCAUCCUGGACGUUCUGGACACGGCCGGGCAGGAGGAGUUCAGCGCCAUGCGGGAGCAGUACAUGCGCACAGGGGAUGGCUUCCUCAUCGUCUACUCGGUCACAGACAAGGCCAGCUUCGAGCACGUGGACCGCUUCCACCAGCUCAUCCUGCGCGUCAAGGACAGAGAGUCAUUUCCUAUGAUCCUCGUGGCCAACAAGGUCGAUCUGAUGCAUUUGAGGAAAAUCACCAGGGAGCAAGGAAAAGAAAUGGCGACCAAACACAAUAUUCCAUACAUAGAAACCAGUGCCAAGGACCCACCUCUCAAUGUCGACAAAGCCUUCCACGACCUGGUGAGGGUAAUUAGGCAACAGAUUCCGGAAAAGAGCCAGAAGAAGAAGAAGAAAACCAAAUGGCGGGGAGACCGGGCCACCGGCACCCACAAACUGCAGUGCGUGAUCUUGUGACAGGCCUGAGACCCUGGCCGCAGUGACCAUGAACUGGCCGGCCCUCGGGACCCUCCACUGCCUAACUGCACUGAAAACCAUUUCUAACCAUGACCCUUGGCCCGAGGACCUGGCACAGGAAGGGAGAAAGGGAGGGUGGGCAGGAAGGAGACAGUCUCCGGCUUUGCCAAAAGGGCACAGGCUUCCCCGUGUCUCCUAAGAGACCGGGAAGCAAUGCUAACAGAAGCAGCACCCAAGCCCCUCAUGUUGAUUCAACCUGGUUUCUCCCCAUCUUUCAGUGGCUGUGUUGUUUCUGUCAAGUACACAGUAUUGAUCUGACAUUGAAGUGUGUACCUCGGACAAAGUACCAGACAAGCCAUGAUCAGUUCCCCAUUGGCUCCAGCCCCCGACCUGAAGUGUCUGGGCUUGGGUGUCUUUUGUAGAUUUUUAAAUUAUUUUAGUGGUUAUUAUUUUAUUACAGGGGUCUGUGCCCACUGACUAUUGAGGCUUUAAGUCUUCAGCAGGCCUCGCUGAGAACAUGUCUGGAAUAUCAUUGUUGUUGUUUUUAACUGAGUUUUCCCAGCAGUGCCAAAACUCAGCUCAACAUGGAGGGAAGUGGAGGGACCGAGAGCCUGGAAGUAACAGGGACUGUGGCCGGAGGCCUCAGGAUGAACACCCUACUUAUGGCCUUCAAGCUGGAGAGAAGAGAGAGGCAUUCACCCAGAAGGUUCUGCUGUGUUUGAAGUGCAGGCGUUAGGAAAUGGAAUUUCAUUUUGCUGAGUGGAGAGGCUGGCACAGGCGUGUCAGUUUUAAGAAGGUUUUUUCUUCUCCUUUUUAAAUGUAUAAACUAAGGAAGCUGGUUGGCUUUCCAAAGGGGCUUGUUUCCUUUUCAGGCAAUGCAGAUUCUGUUCUGCGCUCUGAGGGCGCUCCCAGACCUGUCACUUGCCGCUUUCUCACCGCCUGUGCUGCCUGGUGCCUCUUGGAUACAGACAGUGAGAUGGGCAUGUAUGUCUGAACACAUCACAGUAAGCUAACGUGGGCUUAGCUUAACAGUAAACUCAUGUUCAUGACGAACCUUAACCAAAAACGAUCCAAUACUGUUAUUACUAAAACAACACCAAGACCUGAAGCCAUUUUCCCUUCGAGUCCACUGACUGGCUACCACUUCUUAAAACCCAGUAAAUGAGCAAACCCCUGGAAGCAUUUGCAGACUUAGGAUUAGCUUGCCUUCCUGGCACACACUUUUCUUAACCUCUUGGAUCUUAACUCUAAUAUAUAAAUAAAGGAGAAAGAAGGAAUUGGGGUGAUGACAUGGCUCCCAUAGAGCUGUUUCUGUAAGGGGACACGCCCAGCUUCCUGACAAUGCCACUUGCCUCUCAGAUGUUUCUGGUGUGAUCCAGAGACUGGGUUUUCCCAGCCAGGGUGUGUGCAGGGGUAGCAAGACCAGCAGCGCACCACUGAGAGGAGGUCAGAAGACAAGGUAGCUUGGCUAGCGACCUGACUUUCUGUGUGACACAAAUCAGAUCCCUAGCAAACCAAAACAGCCCCAGCAGGUGACCUGGCUGCUCUGUGGAGAAAGAAAUCCUGAGAAAGUGAGCACCUAACUGGACAUCGAGACACCUGGAUUCUUAUCUGGUUUUGAAAGUGUGCGGAGUUCCUAACUCGGCAACAUCACCAGUACCAGGGGCCCAGCUGAAGUGAUUCUGCGUAGAAUGAAAUAAUUGGCACUUCUGUUAAUUAGAAAAUCAAACUCCUUUAUUUGUCUAAAUGGGCCUUUUUGGUCUGACCCUAAAAGGAAAGAUAACAAAGAACAUUCCAGAUUGAGCACCUCAGAGUGUCCCAAGAUCCUGCAAUGUUAAUGGACUUUUUAACCCUAACAGGACAAGGCUCUUUCCAGCCCUUAUGCUCCUCUGAGCCGAGUCCGCAGCAGCCCCAUGUGCAGAUGAGAUGAAGAGGCGGCAGCAAACAGGCGGGAAGAAGUAAGGAUGGAGAUUCUUGGCGGCGAAGGGGCGGAGGGCAGCGGCCACUGCUGGAAGACUAGCGGGCACAGACCGCCACCAGCACAACCCUGCCCCCUGCCCUCCAUGGAGCCUGUGACUCCGCAGCAGCGCCUGAUGGGAGAAUCACAUUGGAAACUGAUCAGCUGGCAUAGAAUGAAGCCCUUAGCCUUUAGCCACGAAGGUCACCAGAUAAAGGGUUUCCAUCUGCUGCUGGUGCCGGCAGGGCACCUGCCCACUGGCCCCAUCUUCCAGAAUAUCCUUCCUGCAGUCGUCCCACAACUCAGCUCCCUUCUUCGAGGGAGACCCUGGUUAAUGAAGGGCUGCCUGCUGCCAAGUCAGGGGUCAGCCUUCAUCGUCCAUGACCUUGUGUUGCCCAUAGGUGACACAUAAAUAACACUUUUAAAAGACAGGUCUGUGUUUGAGAAAACUGUGGGCCCUUGUGGCAGUGAGGGCUUCCAGACAAGCCAGAAUGGAGUGUACCCCGGGGGCGUCCCCAGCACAAUCUCAGUGGCCACAUGGCAGAGUCUGUUGGAACACCAGGUGGCCGUGCUACUCCGUGACUGAGGAGCCCGAUGGGACUCGUCUUUGAGGACAUUUUGGUGUUUCCACUAGUUUUCCAGACCACAUGAAUAGUGCUCCCUUCACAUCUCCUGGCACACAUCCUUCCUGAAAUCCCCUCACCCCAUGCCUUUGCCCCUGUGUGCUCGCAGAUUUCCUCCUAAAAUUUUGACAACCCCAAUUAGAGGGCUACUUUUUUCUCCAGCAGGUAAUCUUAGCCAUCUUCCCGACCCCUGUAGCCUGGGGCUCUAGCUACUGGCUUCUCCUGUACUUUGCUACACAGGGGUCACUUGGAUGGUUUCUCUUAGGACUCGGACCCCACCUUGUGUUGCUUGCUGUGGAGAGUGCCUGGGAGCCUAGUGUGGCCUGUCUCACUUUGCCAAGAGACGUGACCCACGAACACAUGGCAGCUCUGACCCAAAGGCCCCUCAGACUUGUGACAGUCGGCCUGGAGCCACAGACAGAUUCCCUCCGUUAGCAGCCCAUUGGGUUAGAAAUUCCAUGUUGGAUUUACUUAGAACAAAAGAUACUUGAAUUGUUGAGCGCCCGUGAGCGUACAGCUUCUGCCACCCAGUAUUACCAGAUGGCCAUUGUUGUCACCUGAGAGUGAUGCCUGAGGGUCUCGAUGAUGCUUGAGCCUUUUAUGUAACUUUUUAUCAAGUCUUUGUGUAGCUCAACCCAUUAAUAAAGAAAAGAAGAGCACUUGUCUUAUUUCCUCUUA